AACUUUCCUGAAAUCUAUGCCCAUGUGAGACAAAUGUAUGAUAGACCAAGUACUUUGAUAUAUGUCAACGGUCAGGGGACGGUGAAAUUGCAGUCAGAAGAAGGUGUCCAUCAGGGUGACCCCCUUGGACCAGUUUUGUUCUCGGCAGCAUUACACCCCAUUGUAACAGUUAUUCAGAAUAACCACCCGGGCAUUACGCUUUUGGCAUAUCUGGAUGAUGUCUAUGUUCUGGGACCACCAAAAGAUGCUUUAGCAGUCCUUUUGGAUUUGAAGGCAUCCCUUUCUGAGAUCGGUCUAGAAAUCAAAGAUGAAAAAUGCAAAUUGUAUUUUCCCACUGCUCCUGAUAAUUUCAGCGCUGGUGUCCCAGUUAGCAAAGAUGGAAUCGACGUGUUGGGGUCACCUGUAGGCGAUCAUGAUUAUGUUCAGUCUAGGUGCCUGGCUGUGGCUAACAUGGGCAGCUCGUUGUGUUCAAAGCUACUUGAACUUGACGACCCUCAGUGUGGCCUCCUUUUGCUCAGACAUUGUCAUGUCCCCAGGCUGAAUUUUUUGGCUAGGACUGUGCCACCUGACAGGUUACUGCAUGCAGCUGUUUGUCAUGACCACCUUACAAGGGCUACUUUCACUGACAUGGUUGGUUUGAACGAAUUGGAUGACACCGGAUGGAGCCAGGCCACUCUGAAGGUCGGGUUCGGCGGAUUUGGCUUAUCAUCAACUCAGAAGAUGGCUCACCUAGCAUUUCUGGCGUCAUGGGCACACUCUUUGAAAGAACUGCCAUUGAGAUUUCCACCUCUGAAAGAUCGUUUAGAACGGUUUAUUGAAGGUAGCAAUACAGGACAACUUAUUCGUACAUUGGUGGCAAAACUACCACCCAAGUCGGGUGCAGAUGAUGACGAGCAGUUUCACACCUUAGAGCAGAUGACAGAAUACCCUAGAAAAUUGCAACAUCGCCUGACGGUAGACGCUUCUCAUAAACGAUCAGAAGAAGUUAUCAAAAGCAUGAACUCAGAGAGACAUGUUGCAAGGAUCAGGUCCUUACACGGAAAAGGAGCUGGAGCAUGGCUAGAGGUAAUACCAACUUCAGACAAGAACGCACUGAAGCCGAAUGAAUUUCGUGUAGCGUCUUGUAUGAGGUUGGGUGCUGGUUUGCCUUUCAGCCGGCUGCUUAAGACGUGUGACUGUGGAACUGAGCUGGAUCGCGAGGGCUACCACCUUUUGACAUGUAAAUAUGGAGGUGGACCUGUGUGGACGCAUAACUCCAUAGUGUCUGCAUGGAGUGAUUGCCUAAGCGAUUUACUCAUUCCCCAUCAAAUAGAACCGAGACAGCGAUUUGUAGACAACGAAAACCGGCCUGACAUCACGCUUUACGACACUGACACUGGGAUCACAAAAGAAUGUGAUGUUUCGAUAGCUCACCCUUGGAGCAAAGACAUUAUUAAAGGUGCAGCCAGAGAAGGUGGCCAUGCAGCAGCUAAACGAGAGGCAGCAAAGUCAAAAAAAUACUCAGAGGAAUCGCUUGCGGAUGGAUCGAAGCCUAUAGUUGUCCCACUCGUCUUUGAACACUUCGGCAGAUGGGGCUUAAAGGCUGACGAGCUGAUGAAUGAACUGGGGAAGAAGGCGAGAGGCUUUGAUGGAAGAAGAAUUGCGGUAGAGUUUAAAACCUUCUGGAGGAAAAGACUGUCUAUUACUCUUCAAAAAUGCAACAGCAGAGUGAUUUUGCGGAAGCUGUCAAGGCUUUCUGUGCGCUCAUUAGGAGAUGACAGUGUUUUGGGAGUAGAUAGAGACAUUCAGUGUUUUACUCAUUAGCAAUAGUCUCGGACUACAAGUAGAACAUUUCAUUUUAACAAUAACUGUUUGUAGUAGUGAAGAUCGUUGACAAUAAACUUGA